AUGAGGACAAUAACUUCAACCAGUGGUCAAAAGGAAACUGUGGCCAUCAGAAGAAGCGAAUCAGCAGAUGCUCAGGGGAUCGAUAGCCUCAUCAGCCCCUCAGCUCUGGAGGUUUUUGGAAAGGUCAACGUAAUUCAUCUUCUGGAGAAAGCGAACCUGGCAGUGACCCUGACCAAUGAAAAGGACGACGUCCUGGCCCACGCUUCCUUCUUCGAUCACCCUGUCGGAGACUUGGUGGAUCAGGCUCAGUGGGACAAUUUCCUGAAGAAACACUUCAGAGCUGAAAAAUGCACACCCCUCAACACACUCUUCAUCCACCUGUUUGUUGCAGAGCCGAGCUUUGCCACUGAAUGUUUAAAGGAAAUAAUGAGGGCUGUCUUUAACGCCAUUGCUGAGCUUGAAUACGUCUGUCUGGUCAGCCCAAAUGUUGGUGGUUCAGAGCUGGGGUUGGAUGAGGUGUUUGAGCCACUGCAGCAGCUGACUGAGCCUGGGCCUCAGUGUUUAGCUUUAAUCUGCCACAGAGAAGAUCACUAUCCAAGACUUCAUGUCCGCCCUGCCAGGGUUGAAGAUUAUGAUGACAUCAUGAGGGUAUUUUCAGAGCGGACAAAACUCCUGUCAGUAAUCGAUCGGCCGUUCCUCCUGGCAGAGCUCAUCGAGGCUCAGAAUGAUGAAAACCGCACCGCUGUUUGUGAGAGUGAUGGAGUCGCCGUCGGCUUCAUCAACGUCACCUCUCGUGUUGAUGUGAAACGGCUGCGUGAAAACUUCGAGCUGAGUCCGUUUGACGGUUUGUAUAAACGUCAGGAAAUGAGACGCAGUGAACCUGCUGCUGAUUCUGACACAAAGGAAGAAGAUGAAGAUGAAGAAGCACUGAAACAAACCCAAACCCCAGAUACACAGCAGCAGGAGGAGACACAGUCGACCAGAGCAGGAAGGUUUCUGAGGAAACUCAACGCUUUCUGCAUCCAGUUCUUCGUUAUUGACAAGAAUUAUGAAAUGAGAUCAGUGGACUUUCUUCCAUAUGUAUUCGAACUUUUCCCAGACCGGGACUACUGCGUCAUCACAGUUCCCACAUUGUCCCCCGAGUUCCCGUUGUUGCAAAACUUCCUCAGGGUGCCGCAGCGUCCAGGCAGCUCCCUGACCCGUGAGCUCUACGUCUUCCACCGCACCGGGCUCAGGAGUGUGAAGGUGAGGCCGGCUGUGGAUUCAGACCUGCCUGCUGUCUGUGACCUGGUGAAGAGUCUGAGACUGAACAAGUCCCUGCUGCAGGACCUGGACCUCUUCUAUGAGACCCGCAGAGACCCGGAUGGGGUACCGCUGCAGGCCUUUGUGGCCCAGGUGGACGGUCAGGUCGGGGGGAUCCUGAUCAUUAGAGAUGAGCAGGACAUCGAGUACAUCCGUGCCCACUACAACAUCGAGAACUUCAUCUAUUUCAGCCACCAUCGCUACGAGGAGCACGCUCAGAUACGCCACUUCGUCCUCAAACCCUCCUUCCAGCACUUCACCAAACACUUGUUUAAGGAGGUCCUCCGGCUGGCUCACAAAUCCUGCCUGUACCACAGAAUCUACCCUCCGGACCAGAGCCAGGAGAAUUCCUGCAUUCAUCAUCUGGAUCUUGUCCUCAACUGCACGGUCCCUGUCCGCCCGCGACGCCAGAUCAUCUUCCCGCUGGAGGAGCUUGGCAACAACGCCCCUUCCAGGCGUAUCACCGAGGACCAGGCACCGUUUGCUCUCAGCCUCAUCAGCAGAAAGUUAACCAUGGAGCCAAAGGUCACCGUUAAUGCCAGGAUUGUGGUGGUGGGGGCGUCAGACACAGGUUUAUCUUUCCUUGAGGUGCUCUGUUUCUGCCCUCACCUCAGGUUCAACAAGCUGACCCUCAUCUCAACUCACGGUUACCCCGGCGACUACAACCACGAGGACGUCGGAUUUCUGUCCACAAGUCAUGCGUACAGCAGCAGAGACUUUGCCCGGCUCCCUCUGCACUCCUGCAUCAGUGUGGUCACCGGGAAGAUGGUGGGCAUCAACAGGAAGUCCAAACUUGUUCUGGUGUCCGGCGGUGUGAAGGUGCCCUACGAUCACCUCAUCCUCUGCACGGGCCUGCAGUACCAGGUGCCCUGUCCCACUGGGGUGGAUCUGAGCCAGUCCGUCACUAACAGCCAGCUUCAGUCUCCGUCCGCUCACAGAUACACUGGGCCUGUACCCUCGAACCUCUUCACCCUCAACGACCUCCACGACUGCUUGGCUGCUCGCCGCUGGCUGCUCGCCAACUUUGUGGAGCUGGAGGAUAACGCCGUCGUCUACGGAAACAGCAUCGACGUCUACACCACCGUGGAGACUUUGCUGAGUCUGGGUAUCCGGGGAUCUCGUAUCCAUCUGGUUCUUCCACCACGCAAACCCAACAGGUCCUGCUUCAGCGACCCAGACGUGGAGAAGGCCAUGACGUCGACCAUGGAGAAGGCCGAAGUCCAGGUUCACCAUGACUGCCUGCUGGCUCAGAUGAACAAUGGCGAACACCCCGACCCUCUCUCAUCGGUUUCAUUCACCACGGACUCAGAGCCCCUCCAUCUGCAGUGUGGCGUGUUCAUCAACCUCUCCAAUAAAGGAGUCGACUACGAAUCCUUCAGCAGCAUCAACAACUCCUUUCUGGUCUUUGAUAGCAGACUCGUGAUAGACGCCACUUUCCACACCAGCGAUCCAACCAUUUGUGGCGCCGGGCCUCUCACCAAAUUCUCCCGCUGCUACUACACGGAGGAAUGGUCGCACGCCCACUUCAACUCCAAGGAGGUGGGCCAGGACCUGGCGGCCGUGUUGCUGCCCCUCUUCGACCUGACCCUGGAGCCCGCUGAUGAGUCUCCAACUGAAAUGGAUCAUCUCAUACCGCUUUACAAACAGGCUAAGAUUCAAGGUGGGAAGCUACCUGGAGGAUAUAACUACCUGCAUGUCACCAAACCGUCCGCCACCCAACUGACAGGUCCUCCUGUUAAACCUUUACAGGACAGAGGCAUCGUGACCGGACGAGUGGAGACGGGGAACUACUUCUGUUUGCAUCUCGACGGCCACGAGCUGGUGGAGACGCUCACCUGCCUGUCUCUGAAGCCUCUCCCCGUCUCCAAUUACCUGAGUCUGUAUGGAAAACACCAGCAGCUGCUGGGACAGCUGUCGUCCCGCUACCACCAAUGCCUGAUCCACGAUCUGUACAGUUUCUUCAGGCAGAGUUGGAGUUUGGCCGUUUAUCACGACAGAUUCUCCGACUUCGAGCAGGAGCUUCAGCAGAUCACCUCGACUCACUGGAAGGAGAUGACGGAGGACGACGAGGAGCCGAAGGUCCUCCAACAGGUAGUACUGCAGGAAGAGAGUCGAGAAGCUUUGAGGAGCAGCGCUGUGAAGUAUCUGACCUACAACCGAAACCUGCUGCCCAUGUUCGACCAGCCGGGACAGCUGUGA